AUGAAAAAGCUAAUAGAGCAAGAAUUAGAUAGGCUAAACCGUCUAGGACACAUUAUACCGGUAGAAGUUAGCGAAUGGGCUACACCCAUCGUACCGAUAGUAAAGAAAAACGGAACGGUCAGAAUAUGUGGCGAUUUUAAAUUAACAUUGAACCCGAGCGUUAUCGUUAAUAAAAAUCCGUUGCCGCGUAUCGAAGAUAUUUUUGCUGCGAUGCAAGGUGGCGAAAAAUUCUCCGAACUCGAUAUGCCGCACGCGUAUAUGCAAAUACCGGUAAAAAAAGAGUGUCAACAGUUUUUAACAAUAACAACGCACCAAGGAUUAUAUAGAUAUACGAAAAUGCCAGAAGGAGUUUCGACCUGCCCGGGUGAAUUUCAAGGUAUUAUGGAAAAUAUUAUAAGAGGUAUUCCGAAUACGAUUUCGUACCUGGAUAAUAUUUACGUAACAGGUAGUAAUGAUAUCGAGCAUUUAGCAAAUUUAAAAGAAGUUUGUAAAAGAAUGGAAAACGCCGGUUUAAGAAUUAACAAAGAAAAAUGUAAUUUCAUGAAAGAUAAAAUUGAUAUCCUAGGGCAUGUUAUCGACAAAAAUGGUUUGCACAAGGCAUACUCUAAAGUGAAAGCGGUUUUAGAAGCGCCGCAGUCUGAAAAUAAAAAACAAAUACAAUCAUUCUUAGGAUUAGUAAAUUUUUAUGCAAAAUUUUUGCCAAAUCGUGCUAAUAAAUUAAAAAAUUUAUACGAAUGCGCCGGUAAAGAAAAAUUCGUAUGGUCAAAAAAAUGCGAGGAAGAGUUUAAGUGGGUAAAAAAAGAAAUAGUUUCACCAACUAUAUUAGCACAUUAUGAUCAAAAGAAAGAACUAAUUUUAGCAUGUGAUGCUUCGGUUUACGGUCUAUCAGCAGUGCUCUCGCAUAAAUUCGACGAUGGCACUGAACGUCCGAUUGCUUUUGCCUCAAAGAAAAUACCAGAAAAAGAAAAUAGCAGAGCGAUUAUAGACAAAGAGGCGGCAGCAAUCGUUUUCGGGUUUAAACGAUUCUAUGACUAUAUUUUCGGAAGAGAAAUUACGUUGAGAACAGACCACAAGCCUUUGAAAUUUAUUUUCGGCUCAAAAACAGGUAUCCCUCUUACAGCAGCUAACAGACUGCAAAGAUGGGCAUAUUUUCUAUCAGGUUUUAAAUAUAAUAUUGAGUAUAUUAAAUCACAACAAAACGGGAACUGUGAUGCCUUGUCAAGGUUACCGAUAGAAGACGAUACAGAUAUUUUUGAGAGUGAUUUUACGCCGCUAUGUUAUAUAGAAGAAGGUUUAGAAAAUGUAAAUAUUAAACUUGUAGCGAACGAAACCGAAAAAGCGGUAUUAUUAAAUAAAAUUAAAAAUUUUGUAAUCAAUGGUUGGCCAAAGAACACAGAUAUACUAUCGCAAGACGAAAAAAUAUUUUUCAAUAAACGUCUAGAAAUUUCGGUAGAUAAUGGUUGUCUUUUAUGGGGGCAUCGUUUAAUUAUACCGGAAGGAUUAAGACCGAAUAUCUUAAAGGAACUUCACAAAUCGCAUUUGGGAAUUGUGAAAAUUAAAACACUAGCAAGAUCGUAUAUCUGGUGGCCAGGCAUUGAUGCUGAUAUCGAAUUUAUGGUAAAUUCAUGUGUAACGUGUAUGCAAGACCGAAAGAAUCCGCCUAAAACACAGUUAACACCAUGGCCAUGGCCCGAAAAACCAUGGAGUAAAGUACAUCUAGAUUUUCUUGGCCCAUUUUAUAAUAAAAUGUUGCUAGUCGUGAUAGACGCGCACUCAAAAUGGCCAGAGAUUAUAGAUUUUAAGACGGACACAACUGCGGAAAAAUUAAUUUGUAGUAUGAGAAAAAUUUUUGCGAGACAUGGAUUACCGGAACAUAUCGUUUCCGAUAACGGUAGACAAUUUGUAAGCGAAAAAUUUAAAAAAUUUUUGUCAGAAUUAGGUAUUAAACAAUCUUUUUCUCCACCGUAUCAUCCAGCGACUAACGGUGCAGCUGAAAAUUUCGUCGGUAUUUUUAAAGACAAAAUAAAUAAAAUUGUAAAAGGAGGAAGAGGAUUGGAUGAAGCAAUAGAUAUUUUCCUGUUCGAUUACAGAAGUAUCUCGCACUGCACUACAGGCAAAAGCCCUGCAUUUUUAAUGUAUAAACGGCAGCUACGAACGCGUUUUGAUAAGUUGCGUCCGAGCGCAGACGUCACAGUCAAAGGAAAGCAAGAGGCGCAAAUAAGGAAUUGUAGCGGUUCUCGAAACCCUGCACUAAAUGUUGGCGAUACCGUUUUGGCAGAUGUGUACAAUGCCGGUAAUAAAAAACGUGUACCGGCAGAAAUUGUAGAACGCUUAACGCCGUCGACAUUUAAGGUCAAAAUUGACGACAAAAUGCAUAAGCGUCACUGCGACCAACUGAUUGAUUGUAAAGCUGAUUUAGCCGUAAGACGUUCCGAGCGUUUGGCGUCAAAAAGCGCAGAAAACAAAUACUUAAAGCGGGAGGAGUUGUGA